AUGUCUGGCGCAGACACGGCCGACUCAGCGACGUCCGCACCGCCGAACCCGCCCACUGCCGCCAAUGACGUGCCGCAACCCCAUGAACGUCCGACUUUUGUCACUCCGCGGGACUUCCUUGAGCAGGGGAGGCCGAUCCUGCCGCCGAGGGCUUUGACCGCGGUAGACAAAGAGCAGCUGGACGGCCUGAGAACCAUCCGCGCGUUUCUGAAGGUGCGGACGAGCUACGACGUGCUGCCGCUCAGUUACCGCUUGAUCAUAUUCGACACAGCGCUGCUCGUCAAGAAGAGCCUAAACAUACUCAUACAAAACGGCAUCGUUUCUGCCCCUUUGUGGGAUUCUAAAACAUCGACCUUCGCCGGUCUGCUCACGACAUCCGACUACCUGAAUGUGAUUCAGUAUUACUGGCAGAACCCUGAUGCCCUUGCCAGAGUCGACCAGUUCCGCCUGAACAGUUUGCGCGACAUCGAAAAGUCCCUCGGCGUUACGCCCAUAGAAACAGUCUCCAUCCACCCUGAACGACCGCUCUACGAAGCAUGUCGCAGAAUGCUCGAAGCCCGCGCCCGUCGCAUACCCAUUGUUGACUUUGACGAUGAGACGCGCCGCACCACAGUUGUCAGCGUUAUCACACAAUACCGACUGCUCAAGUUCGUGGCUGUGAACGUGAAGGAGACGCAGAAGCUGCGCAAACCACUAAAAGAGUUGAUGAAGGUGGGAACAUAUGACAAUCUGGCAACGGCGUAUAUGGAUACACCUGUCAUGGAUGUGAUUCACAUGCUGGUGAAGAAGAGCAUCUCGAGUGUUCCAAUCAUCGACAAACAAGGCACGGUUCUCAACGUCUUCGAGUCCGUUGAUGUUAUCACGCUCAUCAAGGGCGGAAUCUACGACGAUUUGAAUCUCAGCGUUGGCGAUGCUCUGCUCAAGCGCUCAGAAGACUUUCCCGGCAUCUACACAUGCUCGAUGCAAGAUCAGCUUUCCACCAUAUAUGACACGAUUCGCAGAUCCCGCGUGCAUCGCUUCAUCGUCAUCGACGAGGAGAACAAGCUUAAGGGCGUAUUGACUUUAAGCGACAUUCUCGAGUACACUUUACUGGAAGGCGAAGAAAACGAAUAG